UGUAUUUUGUUUUCGAUUCUGAACCCAACUUUACAUUUACCGUGAAUGAACAGAGCAAAGCCCGUUGCCUAUCAUCCUGAGACGUCGAGCAACUACAGCUUGAGCAAAAAUGCCUUCGUUGCCACGUUUCCGUCGAACAUUGUUCCUCGGAGCAUCAGUACUUGCUCCAUUUUCACACCAAGUCCUCCUGGUCUCCGCCGAAGAUGCUACGCCAUCAAGUGCUGCUGCAACAGGCACAGUCUCUGCGGAGUCACAGAAAAAUAAACAACUCUCUGCUACGCCAGAAGUGAAGUCGAUUUUGGAGUUAAAGGUGAAGACGAACAGAGAUGACAAGGCAGAAACAGUACGCAUCAUGCUCCACAAGGACUGGUCGCCAGCAGGAUAUGAUCGCAUUCUGCAGUUGGUGAAGUUAUGAGGUUCGUGUUUGUGAUUGAGGAUCUUCAGGUUAUACUUCUAGAUAGGAGAUUCUUUACAUCAGCAACGUUUGUGAUUGAGGAUCUUCAGGUAGUUGUACUUCUAAGUAGAUAGAAGAUUCUUUCCAUCAAAUCAACGUUUGUGAUUGAGGAUCUUCAGGUAGUUAUACUUCUAGAUAGGGGAUUCUUUACAUCAAAUCAACGUUUGUGAUUUUGGAUCCUCAGGGUAUACUUCUAGGCUUUUCAUGAUACUAUUUCUACUUUAGCUUUACAUCAUUUUACAACUAGAUGAACCCUUUCUAAUCAUCGAAGGGUUCUUCAGCGAUCUCCGUUUUUUCCGCACGAUCCGUGGCUUCAUGACGCAAUUUGGUCUUAGUGGGAUUCCAGAAACGAAUGCUGCUUGGAAUGGAAAAGCUUUGCCGAUCGAAGAGGUUUUACUUCGUAGUUUAUUUCAACUAUUCGUUGAGUAGAUUUUGCCUUCGUGAUGAGUAGGCUGUUCGCGUUCACAUGGAUGACGAAUUUCUCAACACUCGUCUCCUGCUGAACAUUGCGGCAACCUCGCUCUACUCAUGCUUGUCAUGAUACAAUGAGAAUUCACAAAUUCCAAAAUAAACGUCAAUAUCUUCCAAAACUACACAGCCCAAGCAGUCCAACCUUCGUGGCAUGCUAACAUUCGCCAUGGAUGGUGCCAAGCGACGUACGACUCAGCUAUUCAUCAACUACGCGGACAACAAGUUUUUGGAUCCGCAAGGAUUUGCCCCAGUAGGCAUGGUCAUGGACGAAGGAAUGCAUGUGAUCGAUCAACUAUACUUAUGGAAUGACAAGAACGUCGAUUGUAAAUAAUUGAAAUUGAGAUCCUGCUCGUUGUAUAAGUAUCUAUAAGAUAACAGGCACAACUUACUAGUCUAACAGAGCAGUAGUUUUUUAUACUAGCACGCGUGGAGCAUGGAGUGCGUGGAGCGCAGAUCUCUAAGGGACGCAAGAAGCGCCCACUUUAGCUCCAUGCGGUCCAUGCACUCCAUGCCAUGCGAGCUGGCAAACCUUAUGAAUUGCUCUGGUAUGAGAUAAGGCACAACUUACUAGAAGCUCAACAGUGAAAGUAGAGCUUCAACUUCUUAGAUAGUAUGUAUCGAUAUUAAAGAUGUUGAAUGCUUCACCAUUUCCCCCAGCUUUCUGAUUGGUUUUCUCUUCCUCUCCCUUUCAUACCAAAGCGAGUAUGGGGAGAAACCGAACCAGGGGAAAAUCCAAUCCCAAGGAAACAAAUAUCUGGACGAAAAUUUUGAGAGGCUCUCGGUGCUGGAGAGCGCAACAAUUACCCCGGUAGGUCCAGGAGAAAUUGGCAGUUAUGAGAAAGAUUGCGUAUUGGCGAUGUGUAGUUAGGGCAAUAAAGGCUCUUGGCAAUCACGAGAGACGAGUUUAGAUAGAGUGAUUUUCCUUUGUGAUUGCACAAGUCAAUGAAGAUGACAAAAGCAAAACGGCAUAAGUACUUCUAAAAGCAGGAGUAUAACAGUAUUUCUCUAGCUUUUCUUCAAUGGCAUUGGCAGCUUCUGCUUAAAAUAAAUUGCAGAUACGAAAACCAAUACGAAGAGAAGAAAUCACACUCCUUUGUUCUCCCACUUGUGGUGGAAUUACUUGUCCUCGUGGAAUCGAUGAUCACAUCAGUGUCUAUCUCUAUGGCAGGACAGAAACGCCCCUCUCUAAUACAUUCCCGGCAGUCCAGCAAGUGCAGAAGGGGCUCAUGGAUGGAUGCCGAGUUUCAGUACGCUAUUGGGGAUUGUGGCACUCAUUGUUGCCCUGCGCUACCGAGGACAGAUCCUAGAUGCUAUCUUCAACAGGAAAGGAACACAGCCAGAGCACAUGAGCAUCUCGCCUACAUCAUCAAGAGAUUUCGCUUUGUAAAAAAAUGUAUCUAGUUGUAGAUUUUUUGGGAGUAGAAGUGGUACAACUGGUAGGAGGAAUCUCGGGUCGUGGCUGGGUGGGGGAUGUUGAAACAUGUACAAUCUUAAUCUAUAUCACGAUCAGAACACGAACAAGAACAUCAUCUGGGGAAAUUUCAUGAAAUAACUUGGAUUCAUCUACUACUCGUCAAUGAAGACAUGAAGAUUGAUUUUGCUGUCGUGCGCACGUGCAUCAUAAUGUGGGCUUAUCUCUGACUAGAAAAAUCUUCGUCAUCAAGGACCACAAAGGUUCCAUUGAUUAGAAAAUACUUCACGCACGCA